AUGAAAUCUUCUGGAAUUGUCUCUCUUAUGCUAUUAUCAUGGCUUUCCAUGCCUGUUGUGCUGGCCUACAACCGCCAGCAAGUGCAAAAUGAUCUCAACAGAGAAAGGUCAAAAUGGGAGAGUAUGGGAAUCAGUGAUUAUGAUUACAAGCAUCAAGUAAUAAGUGAUACCUCUGGUGCUGCCUAUCCAUUUUCAACUCAAGUUCGUAAUGGGGGUGUCAUCUCCUAUGUGGAUGGCAACAACCAACCAAUUACUUGGCUCAAGCCAGUCACCAUGGGGAGCUGGUUCAGUUUCAUACAGACACACCUGGAUAGUGGAGCACAAAGCAUUCAGGUUAUAUAUGACCCAACAAGGGGAUUUCCAGUCUCCAUUGACAUGAUCCAGACUGGUGGACAGGUGAUGAACAUUCGCAUCUUUGACUUUGCCUACUACCACAACAACUACAAUCCCGCAGUGGUUCAAGCAAACCUUGACAGGGAAAGAGCCAAAUGGCAGAGCCAGGCUAUCUCUAACUAUGACUACAUGCUUGAGACACUGAGUGACAACACUGGCUCAGUCUAUCCCUUUACAACUCAAGUGAGAGGUGGAUCUGUUGUUUCCUACGUUGAUGGAAACAACCAACAGAUCACAUGGCUCAAACCACAAACGCUGGACGUCUACUUCACCCAAAUUCAAAACUACUUGAACAUGGGUGCAUCUUACAUUGAAGCUGAGUAUGACUCGAAGAGAGGUUUUCCUACCCGUGUCUAUAUUAUCAUGAACGGUGCAGAAGCUUUCCACGCAAGAGUCAUUCACUUUCACUAUUAUGUCCGAAGACUCCGUGGCAGUGAUUCUCAGUAA